AUGGACUGUGGGGAUAAAAGUAAGGGUAAAAGUGCGAUUGAGCUGGCAAUUGAACUUGGUCAAAGAGAGUUGCCUGCUAAAACACUCAAAGUUAAUGGACUCCACGAAGGGCGAGAGUUUUGGAUCAAGUAUGCUGAUCUUCUAGAUCAAGCAUGGGCUGAGUUUCCACACUUACAUCCAGCGCUGUUUACGUACAAUGAAAGUUUUAAGGAAAAGUUUAUUGAACCGCAAUUGAGAGCAGCUGUGAAAGCUCUACGGGAAGCGGCAAAAGUAUGUAACGAAGAUGUUGAUGAAACACCUGUUAAGAAUCUUCUCACUGAGUCUAAAGACGUGAAGGGUGUCUAUGAACUCAAUAACGGAGUGUUCACUGAUGAGUUUCGAACUUUGCUUCUCGAGGAAUUAGAACACGUUGAGCAAAGUGGGAUACCAAUGAGAAGACCCAAUAGCAUGAACAGAUAUGGGUGUAUUUUGGCCCAAAUUGGGAUGAAGGCUGUAUUUGACCAGUUUUGCCGCGACUUCAUUUCGCCAAUAAUGGAGAUGAUCUACCCAGAAUACAUUGCGCGCGGGGAUACAUGCGACAACUAUCCGUUCACCGUCGACUACCGAAAGGACCCUUCGAAGGACUUCGACGUCGAUUUGAAGCGCCAUCGCGACUCCAGUUUGGCGACCUUGAACGUAUGUCUGGGCUACAAAUUCACAGACGGAAACCUGAAAUUCUGGGGCGAUAAUCAAACGCAUUGCUGUCCGAAUUGUCAGUCUUAUGAUGACUCGAAAGGCGACGGAGAGAUCAAAAUGACCCCUGGUCUGUCGAUAUUGCACAAAGGGGGACAUAUGCAUGCGGCGCUGCCGAUCACCAGUGGCCAUCGGGUGAACUUGAUCUUGUGGAUGUAUGGGGAGGGAGGGUAUGUGAGAAAUGGGAAAUACCCUCCGAGUUUGCAGACAACAGCAUUGGAUCGAUGGAGUGAGCGAUAA